UCGGCCGCGCCGGGAAGACGACAUUUCCCAGGUGGCUGCGCGGAGGAGCGCCGGGAGCGGGCAGGUGUUGUGAUUGGCUGGCGAGCCGGCCGCACGCGGAGUAGCCGAAGCAGCUCUGUUGCGACAGAGGCCGAGCGGCGAGGCCCGGUUAAGCUGAAAGAACUGUAACACCUGUGGCUCAUCACCAUGCCCUCUGAUCUGGCUAAGAAGAAGGCAGCCAAGAAGAAGGAAGCUGCUAAAGCCAGGCAGCGGCCCAGGAAAGGCCACGAGGAGAAUGGAGAUGCUGUCUCCGAGCCACAGGUGGUAGAGGAGAAAAAUGAAGAAGCAAAUGGCAAAGAAACCUCAGAAGUUGAUUUGCUGACCAAGGAGCUGGAAGACUUUGAGAUGAAGAAAGCUGCUGCCCGAGCUGUCACUGGAGUCUUGGCCUCUCACCCCAACAGCACUGAUGUCCACAUCAUUAAUCUCUCACUCACUUUCCAUGGCCAAGAGCUACUCAGUGACACAAAGCUGGAGUUGAACUCAGGGCGUCGCUAUGGUCUCAUUGGUCUCAAUGGAAUUGGAAAAUCCAUGCUGCUGUCUGCUAUUGGUAAGCGGGAAGUGCCUAUUCCAGAGCACAUUGAUAUCUACCACCUGACUAGGGAGAUGCCCCCCAGUGACAAGACACCCCUGGAGUGUGUGAUGGAAGUGGAUACAGAGAGGGCUAUGCUGGAGAGAGAGGCUGAGCGGCUUGCCCAUGAGGAUGCGGAGUGCGAGAAGCUGAUGGAGCUGUAUGAGCGGUUAGAGGAGCUGGAUGCAGACAAGGCAGAGAUGAGGGCCUCACGAAUUCUGCACGGUUUGGGCUUCACACCUGCCAUGCAACAAAAGAAACUCAAGGACUUCAGUGGGGGCUGGAGAAUGAGAGUUGCUCUUGCCAGAGCCCUUUUUAUCCGGCCCUUCAUGCUGCUGUUAGAUGAGCCCACUAAUCACCUGGACCUGGAUGCCUGCGUUUGGUUAGAAGAAGAGCUGAAGACCUUCAAGCGAAUUCUGGUCCUCGUCUCCCAUUCCCAGGACUUCCUGAAUGGUGUUUGUACUAAUAUCAUCCACAUGCAUAAUCGGAAGCUGAAGUAUUACACAGGUAAUUAUGACCAGUAUGUGAAGACACGUUUGGAACUGGAAGAAAAUCAGAUGAAGCGUUUCCACUGGGAACAAGAUCAGAUUGCUCACAUGAAGAACUACAUUGCUCGAUUUGGUCACGGCAGUGCCAAGCUGGCCCGACAGGCCCAGAGCAAGGAGAAGACACUGCAGAAGAUGAUGGCAUCGGGGCUGACGGAGAGGGUUGUUAGCGAUAAGACACUUUCAUUUUAUUUCCCGCCAUGUGGGAAGAUUCCUCCACCCGUUAUCAUGGUGCAGAAUGUGAGCUUUAAGUACACAGAUGAUGGGCCCUGCAUCUAUAACAACUUGGAGUUUGGAAUUGACCUGGAUACUCGUGUUGCUCUAGUGGGGCCCAAUGGAGCUGGAAAGUCAACGCUGCUGAAGCUGCUAACAGGAGAGCUGCUGCCUACAGAUGGGAUGAUUCGAAAACACUCUCAUGUCAAGAUUGGCCGCUAUCAUCAGCAUUUACAAGAGCAACUGGACUUGGAUCUGUCCCCCUUAGAAUAUAUGCUCAAGUGCUACCCGGAGAUCAAGGAGAAGGAGGAGAUGAGGAAGAUCAUUGGUCGAUACGGCCUAACUGGGAAGCAGCAGGUGAGCCCAAUCCGCAACCUCUCAGAUGGGCAGAAGUGUCGGGUGUGCCUGGCGUGGCUGGCGUGGCAGAAUCCCCACAUGCUCUUCCUGGAUGAGCCCACCAACCAUCUAGACAUUGAGACCAUAGAUGCUUUGGCUGAUGCCAUCAACGAGUUUGAGGGUGGCAUGAUGCUAGUCAGCCAUGACUUCCGGCUCAUCCAACAGGUUGCCCAGGAGAUCUGGGUCUGUGAGAAGCAGACAAUCACUAAGUGGUCUGGUGACAUCUUGGCCUACAAAGAACAUCUUAAGUCCAAGCUGGUGGAUGAGGAGCCCCAGCUCACCAAGAAGACCCACAAUGUGUGAGCUGGCCACGACAGGUUUGGGUCAGGACCUUGGUCUGGGGACUGAACCAUCUGCUACCCCGACCAGCCCCCCAGGACUGGACCCCCAGGCUAUGCUCUUGCAUCACUGCAAUAUUCCUCAUCCCUUGCCAUUUCUUCCCAUUCCCCUCCCAUUAACUCCCUCUUCCUGCCUCAGUAGCACUCUGACCUCUACAGACAGCACCUGUCUGUUUCCCACCCUCUCUCUGCUUACUUUUAUCCCACGUCUGGACCACAGUUGGCUGCCCUCCCCCACCCCCACAUUGUUUACCUUAUCCACACCUGGAUGUUGAUGCAGUCAGGUCCACCUGGGGGCAGCCCUGGGGCCCAAACCUUAGAGUUGGGCCACAAUAAAGGGAGCCUGGGUUCUGGGAGGUGUGAGGAAGGUUCCAAUCCCUCCUCCCCUUCUGCUUCCUCUUCUUUCUCUUCUCCCCUUCUGCUUCUGAUUCAGAGCUAGGAGCUGGGGCCCUGGUCCUGGUCCUGGUUGGUUUUUCAAGAAUUAUUUAACAGUGUAUACCAGAUCUGCCUGACACCCCUACAAAGCGUCCAAUAAAGAAAAAGGAAAAAAAAAGCCAGAGCCACACUUUGCUUCCUUGGCCUAGAUACUGUUCCCUUCUCCAGCCCUGCCCCAACACUGAGACACCCCCACACCCACUGUAGGAUUGGGCCUGAAUGGGGUCUGAUCCUGGACUAGGCAGAGAGGUCACUGAGGGUCACAGCCCCAAGGGAGGCUAGACUGAGCAGGCUGAGUGUGAGUGAAGAGAAUGAAUGGAAUUCCCUGGGCCUUUUCCCUGCACCUGUGAGUCUCUCGGGGUAAUUCGAUAAAGGGAAUCCUGGAUCACAGCAGCUUUUCCCUUAAUUUUUUGGAAUGACCUGAUUUCUGUCAGGCAACCCUAGGCCUGUGCAAAGACUAUUUUUUUGGUUUGGACUCUGUUUUUACUUCUGUCAUUUAUACCAUCUGGCCCACUAGCAGCAGGACCCUUCAGGAUUCCUUACCUCCAGGACUGCUGUGAACCAACAUCCUCCCUCCUCUUCCCUGCUUCAGAAACCAUCCUGUUAGCAAGGAGGCAGGCAGCCAGCUUGAUGCUGCUCUCCAUCCACAGGACUGAGCCUAGGGCUUGUGGGAGGGGCCUAAAAAGAAAGGGAAGCCCAAGUCCUGCCCUCAAAGACUUCUCUUAGUUGGAGAAAUGGUUUUCAAACCGAAGGAUUUGGGGACAGUGCCAGACAAUGCGCUGGUGCAGACUUCGGCCUUCUGAAGAGGGGAAAAGAUCAUUCAGCCUGGAGUCAGAAGAGGUUUCAGGGAGAAGGGAGAAUUUGAGCUGGGCCUUUAGAGACGCAUGGGGUUCUGGAAAGACAGAGGAGCAGGAUAUUUCCAGGGGAGGGGAAAACAAGGACAAAUGGAAGAAGUUCCAUACUAAAGAUAGUUCUGAGUGAAGAGUGAGGUGGACCGUGGUGGUUAAAGGGUCUCGCUACAGGCUGAAUGUCUUCUCUGCUUGAUAGGCUCAGAAGGGAGGGACUUUCCUCUGGGACUUAGGGAACUAUUCCCCUUUAAGUUUGGCUGUUAGUGCUAAGAUGCUCCAAGAUGAAGAUCACUCAGAUGCUAAGGAGCAAAGCUGAGAUCGGGACCCAGGUCCUCUUGACUUCACACCCAGGGCUCUUUUCACUAGACUUCCUGAGACCCUCAAGAGCUUAACUUCUACAGGGGUAGCCAUAUGGUUGAAUUGAGGUGCCGAGAGCUUUCCCUAAAAAUAUUUUAGUGAUACCUGAAAUUCCAUUUUUUGCAGUUGAUUGCUUUGGCAUAAGCAUUGCCCUCUUCCUGUCAAAUCCUUGCACAUUAAGUCUCUUUCUUAUUCUUAUAAGUAGUGCGUUUCCAAAACCUGGUUAUGAGAUUUCCCCCCAACUUCAAGAAAUUGACACUGUAAAGCUGACCAAAAAUCUGGGCCAGCUCUGAGCUCUUUGACCCCUGGGGCCAAGCCAAAAUGAAGAAAUCAGUCAAGUUUUCAUUUUUGCUUUUUCUCCUUUUUCAUUUUGUCCUUCAUUCCUUCUUUCCAUCGUUCUUCCCCAAGUCUUCACCCCUUAGGGCUUCAUGCUUUCAUGCUCUCAAGUCUAUAAAUCAGUAAGUAAAAGGAACAGAUGAUGCAUCCAUGCCGUGGUUUACAUGGGCUAAGAAGGUACCACUGUGUCGGGCUGCCUCUCAAAGUAGAUGAGAUGUGAAGAAAAUAAAAUGUGAAGUAGAGAGGAUAUAUGCAUUGAAGAUGGGGAGAGAAACCCCAGUACAUCUCUUCCUGUUCCCCCUGCUUCUGUACCUGUUCAAGUCCUAGCCAUCUGUCUGGUCCUACCACUCCCUCAGCCUUUUCCAACUGUGCCAGGCCAGAGACCUUUACCAGCUUUUAUUAGCAUUCCAGUUAUUGAGCACUCAUUUGCUCUUCAGUUGUUGCAGGUGCCUUAGUUUUGACUCCCUAGGUAGAUUGUAAGCUUGAAAGUAUAGAGACAGUAGCUUAUGCUUCUUAAUCCCCGAAUAGCACAUGCUUGGCACAUAGUAGGUAUUCAGUAAAUACUUGAUGUUUAUGACACUAACUAGUUUAUGGACUUGAGGCAUUUGAUAAAUUCACUGCUAAGAGCCCUAUGUGAAAGGAGAGAAAAUGCCUGGCAAGCAGGAGAUUGUUGUACCCUCCCAGAGCAAGAUUUGGAAACUUCCUCCUGAUACUACAAAGGCAGGUACUAUGAUAAACAUUAGGAAAAAAAUAUAAAUUGUUCCAUCCAAUAUGGAAAGCAAUUUUUAAUUAUAGGACAGUGACAAAUAUCCCACUGUUAGGUAUAUACCCCACGGAAGUAAAAAGAUAGACACCAAAGUAGUAAUGGCAGCACUUUUUGUGGGUAGACAGGUACUAGGAAGACAGUAGACAACCAUCAGGAAUACCUAAAUAGUGGUACACUAAAGGAAUCUCAUGAUAGAAGAUAUGGUUAAUAAUGAAGAGUUCAGAGAAGCAUGGGAAGACAUGAACUGAUGCAGAUUGAAGGAAGCAGAAUCCAGAAGAUAUAUACAAUAACUACAACAAUGUUAAUGGAAAAAAUACAAUUAAGCAGCCAAAUGGCGGUAAAAUUAUAAUAAAGUUUGGCACCAGAGAAAGAGAUAGAAAAAUGUACUGCUCUUUCUUUGAAGAAUUGGGGAGUGUGAGGGUAGAAUACUAUACCCAUCAAAUCUGGUUGAAGUGUUGGUUUUGCUGUAUUUUAAAAUUUUUGUUACAAGGGUGGCUAGUUGGGUAGGGGAAGAAGGAAGGCUAUUUUCCAAAACGAAGGUGAUGUUUAAAGAAUGAAAAAAGAUAGCAAUAAAAAUA